ACUGAGAGAGAACCUGCAAACAGUACAAUGGACAGAAAGAUGCUUCUGCUCCUCAGCCUGGUCCUCGUCAGGUCACCUGCUGCAGAGGCGGCCAAGUGUCCCCAGCAGUGCGUGUGUGGCCAGAUCCAGCUCACUGUGGCCUGUGUCAACAAAAACCUCACUCAAGUCCCCCCGACAGUCGACGAGAUCACAGUGAAGUUGGAUCUCAGGGGAAAUGACAUCCAGGAACUCCCCACAGGGGCUUUCAGACACACUCCCUACCUUACUCAUCUGUCGAUGCAACGGUGUAACAUUCGCAGGGUCAAAGAGGGCGCUUUUCGAGGUCUUGGCCGCCUGGUCUUCCUCAAUCUGGCCAACAACAACAUUGAGAUCCUCUACCAGGAAUCCUUUGACGGCCUUUCCUCGCUGAAGCAGCUUAUGAUUGACCGCAACCGUGUUGAGGAAAUCCAGCCCGGGGCUUUCUCUCAGCUCGGCUUCCUCAACCUGCUUUCCAUCACACACAACCAGCUAGUCUACAUUCCAAACAUGGCCUUCCAGGGCCUACAGAAUAUCAAAUGGCUUCGUCUCAGUCACAACUCUCUGAACUACCUCGAUAUCGAGGCCUUUGCCGGACUGUUCACACUCACCCGACUCAGUCUGGACCACAAUGAGCUUCAGUUUUUCCCCUCAGACACCAUGACCAGGUUGCCUGAAGUGACCCGGUUGGAUCUGAGCUACAACCCUAUGACUUACUUGGGUGAGGAUGCAGUGUCCAUGGCCAAGCUUACCCAUCUCUUCCUGGAUCACAUGUCGCUGCAAGACCUGUCCAACACAGCCCUUUCAAAGUCUCAAAGCCUGAUCCACGUGGACCUGAGUCACAACCAGUUACGCGUCCUCCAGCCUUUUGCUGAGGGGCUCCCAAACCUUGCACGACUCCAACUCACAGGAAACCCCAUCUACUGCAAUUGCUACCUGCGCCCACUGAGGGAGUGGGCCAUCAGGAGUAAGGUGAAGCUGAUCGGUGCAUGUGGAGGACCGGCACAUCUUUCUGGAGAGAGCUUGGAAGCUGUCUACCCAUCAGAUUUACGUUGUCAGAGCCAGGAGGCCAUGCUGAAGGCAGAGUUUGAAGAAGCCACAAGGAUGGCACCUCGACCUACCGAGGAGCCUGAGAAGAAGGUCAAGUGUCCAGCCAACUGUGCAUGUGAUGCAGACAGCCACCAUUCUUCUUGUGAAAACCGGGGCCAUACAAAAGUCCCUCGAGGCUUUGCUCCUGACACUCGCCUCCUCGACCUUCGUGGCAAUAACUUCCACUACAUCCCCAGCAACAGCUUCCCUGGUGUCGCUCAAGUGGUGUCCCUUCAUCUGCAGCGUUCCAAGAUUGUAGAGGUGGAGAGUGGUGCUUUCAGCGGCAUGAAGGGACUGAUCUACCUUUACCUGUCUGAGAACGAUCUGACCUCCCUUAGUCCUGAUGCAUUUAAAGGGCUUUCUCAGCUGACUUAUCUACAUCUGGAGAAGAACCGCUUUACCAGCUUCCCCUCAGGAGCUUUCAAACUGCUCCCCGGUCUCCUUGCUCUUCAUUUGGAAAACAACUCCAUCACAAAGCUCGAGUCGAACAUCUUGACAGGGGCAGAGGGCCUACGAGCGCUCUAUCUAACUGGGAAUGUCAUUGGGAAUGUUUCACCCAAAGCUUUGGCCCAAGCCAGAGAUCUAGACACUUUGCACCUGUCUGGAAACAAGCUGAAGGAAGUUCCCACUGAAGCACUGAGCAUGGCAGGAAACCUUCGUGACCUGAGGCUUUCAGGGAAUUCUAUCCGCUGGGUGGGACCCAAUGCUUUUCACUCUAUGGCCAGUUCCUUGAAGGAGCUGUAUCUGGAUAACAUGGGACUUGAGAAGAUGUCCCCCAACUCUUUGGUCGGUCUCGGUCCAGGGCUGAGGAGUCUUUUCCUGGAGGGGAACCAGCUAGAGGAAGUGCCAGACUUCAACUCAUUCGCUUCUUUGGAAGUUAUAAACCUCGCUGACAAUCCACUGAUGUGUGACUGUCCCCUGCUGCCGCUACGCAUUUGGAUCGAAAAAGUCAACCUGAAGGUACGAGCCACCUGCGCCAACCCUCCAGAGCUGAGGGGUCGCAGAGUCAAAGAUGUCCACGUGUUUAAGGCGUGCCCUGGAGGUGAGAGUCUUCCAGUCCCUGCCAGCAUUAUGCCAAAGCCCCCCAAGGCCAACAAACCAAAGCCAAUGCACCUAAAUGGCCACGGACAUGGAAAAAUGGCCAAAGCCAAAGCAAAACCGCGGCAGAGUUCGAAGACAAAGCCUUCACAAGCAGCUUCAAAAACCAAGCGGCGCAGCAUGACUUGACUCUGCCCCAUCAUGAUGUCUACACAUUUCACCUGCACAAAUCUGUAAUAGUCAUUCUUGUAGCACUGUAUUCUCAAGGAAGCGCACAAACACAGAUCAAAUAAAGAGU